GCACUCGCUCAGGCCAGGGUCUGUGCGCGGCGACGCUGCGGAGGCCGCCGAGUUCUGCGACGAGAACGGCAUGGAGAGGCUGGCGACCCCGCUGCAGUCCUUGCCGCCCAGGGCGUUGAUCGGCCGCGUAUCCGCUGGGGGGGACUACAACGCGCUCCUCAGCGUGGGCUCUGGAGGAGGGCUGGACGUGUCCCCGAGGAGCGGCAGGAGCAGCAGCGCGCCGCAGCUGAGCGCGAGAAGCGGGCGCUCCAGCGUCGUCAUCGUGGGCAGCAUCGCGGCGAGUGCCAAGCGCGCCAGCGCCUCGUGCUCGUCGCGCUCCAGCGGCAGCUCAGUCGAGGAGGAGCCGCCCCGGCGCGGCUUCCGCGGGGGCUCCGCGCCGGCCGCCGGGGCUGGCCGCGACGUCGCGCCGGCCUGGCCGCCGACCGGCGAGUGGAAGGGCACGAUCACCGAGGAGGGGAUCACGCGCUCGACCAGCCGGCAGCUCAGAUUUGCCGAGGGUGGCACCCUCACGGGCACCCAGACCGACGAGGGCCUGGACGUGACCAUCUCGGGCGUCUUCGCCGCCAAGCGGCAGACGGUGUCCUGGGUGGAGGUGCACUCCUGGGGCAGGGUCAAGUUUGACGGCCACGUGAUCUGGAGUAGUGACAACGUCGUCAUCAGAGGCACCUUUGUUACAACAGACGAGGUCAAAGGGAAGCUUGAGCUGGCGCGGCCGCCGUAG